UGAGGUUUAUGGCAGAAGCAAAGCUACGUCGCAUCAGAGCCAAGAGUACUACAACUUAUCUGCUUGGUCAUUUUGGGGAGAUGCGGGUCUAGUGGAUUAAAACUUGAGAUAAGAAAAUAGGGAGGGGAGGGGCAAUAAUGAAGGGUAAGAGUGGGACCCAAACGUGGCAGGGCGUGGGAGGGGGAUGAACAUGACAUUGUCGGUUGUUUUGUACAGAGAAAGACCCCUUAAUCUCAUCAGAAUCUCUUUCUUCUUUUUGUUUUUCUAUCUCUAGAGAUUGACUGUUAUCUUUCCGGCCUCACCACAAGCAACCAAACUGUCUCGUGUUGGAUAUGUAGUUGGCUUGUUGGAAGCACAGAAGCACACAAAUCCUUUUCCUAAAACUCAAAUCCAAACCCCAAAACCUCAAAAACCCAAACGCAAAUCUAUUUCCUCUUUUCUUUCUUGCUAAUCACAGAUGUUUUAGGCCCCUUGAUGGUGUGCUAAAGGCGCAAAAGCUGGUGGCCUGUUCCUGCUGCCGUUAGCUGUUGUUUGCUGCUGUUUGCUGCUGUUUGCUCAUCUCUUUCUCUCUCUUGUUUAGGUCUGUGAGUUUGGUCCCAUUUCAACUUUAAUGUAUUUGUUAUUUGAGGGUUAGUUCUCAUAUCUUUUCGUUACCAUAACAACUCUCUCUCAGUCUCUCUCUUCUUUUAUCUCAGCUUACGGAUCGUGUAACGGUUGAAAUUAGCGGUAUGGGUCGGUGGAUUUUGGCAGCAUAAUGCUGAAUGUCGAGAGGAUAGGGGAAAGCAACAAGAUAUAUAAGCAACUUGCAUCAUCUCUUUUGAAACGUUUCAAGUUUUCAAGCUACGCACUAAAGCACCGAAAAAGAUUCAAGAUUAGUUGAAUAGUGAGCUUCGUUUAGCUUGCAUAAAAAGAUCAUAAAAAGUUUUCUUUUUUCAUCAAUUACCUCUUAAAUUAUGGAAGUUAGAGGUCAAGAACACGAUGUUAAAACGCCAGGUUCUUCAGGCUUUGGUCAUCACUCGCCUGGAGUAGAGAGGAGAGAUGGGAAUCAUAACGGUAUUUCUGUUCUAACUUGCACUCAAACCCUAGAUCAUGUUCAUCGCCUGCAGAGACCGCAAUCACUUGGCCAAGGAAGAUCUGCCCACCCAGAUCGGGUCACUGCCAGUGGUGCAGCUGUUACACCCGUUUCAAUUAGUUCAAACACAAAGCCAUCAAGCGUCAUCAGAUAUCGAGAGUGUCUCAAGAACCACGCAGCCAGCAUCGGUGGAAACGUUUACGAUGGCUGUGGUGAGUUCAUGCCUAGUGGAGAAGAAGGAACUCUCGAGGCCUUGAAAUGUGCUGCCUGUGACUGUCACCGCAAUUUCCACCGCAAAGAGGUUAAUGGAGAGACCCAAUUCGGGGCUAAUUCCAGUAGAAGAAGCUUGAUGCUUAACCCUCUUCAGUUGCCUCCACCGUUGCCAUCUCCAACCAUGCUGCACCACCAUCAAAAGUAUUCAGUUCAUGCAAGUCCUUCAAGUGCAAUGAUUGCACCAAUGAAUGUGGCCUUUGGCAGUGGCGGUGGGACCGAGUCUUCAAGCGAGGAUCUUAAUGUAUUCCAGUCUAACGCUGAGGGAAUACAGCCGCCGCCUCCAUAUGUUUUGUCAAAGAAGAGGUUCAGGACAAAAUUUACGCAGGAGCAGAAGGAUAAGAUGUUGGAGUUUGCGGAGAAAUUGGGUUGGAGGAUCAAUAAACAAGAUGAGGAAGAAGUGGAGAAGGUUUGUGCUGAGGUUGGGGUGAAAAGGCAGGUUUUCAAGGUUUGGAUGCACAAUAACAAGAAUGUGAAGAAGCAGCCACAUGAAUAAGAGCUCCUCAUGGUUGCUAAACUAGUAGAAUGACCUGUGAGAUAUGUAUAGGAGAGGCUGCCUGGAAUAUUAAUCAGACCCUUUAGAGUGAGGAGGGAGCUGGCCUUGGUCUUGAAUAUUUGUAUAAUUCUUCAUUGUAAGCCUUGGGUGUGAUCUCUUGGCAUUGAGCACUUGUUCCAAAAAAAAAAAAAAAAAUCUUGUAUUAAUUGUUACUCUUUAAAUUAUGGCAGUGUCUUUCUCAUCAUUUCUCUUCCUUAUUAUUUCUGAAAAAACUGUCAGAAAAUGAUAUAUG